AUGGACUCGGCCCUAAAGGUCCACAUGCCAGAGCCCCUGUGUCUCAUUGAGAAUGUGAAAGGACUACUGAGGCCUAAUCAGAAGGCCCUGGAGAUCCUGUCGGCCAUCACACAGCCGGUGGUGGUGGUGGCCAUCGUGGGCCUUUACCGCACAGGCAAAUCCUACCUGAUGAACAAGCUGGCUGGGAAGAACACAGGCUUCUCUCUGGGCUCCACAGUGCAGGCUCACACCAAAGGAAUCUGGAUGUGGUGUGUGCCUCAUCCCCACAAGAAAGACCACACGCUUGUUCUUCUUGACACUGAGGGCCUGGGCGAUGUUGAGAAAGGAGACAACCAGAAUGACUGCUGGAUCUUUGCCCUGGCUAUACUUCUGAGUAGCACCUUUGUAUACAAUAGCAUGGGAGCCAUCAACCAGCAGGCCAUGGACCAGCUGCACUAUGUGACAGAAUUGACAGAUUGCAUCAGAGCAAGGUCCUCACCUGACCAGGAAAAUAAGGUGGAGGACUCAGCAGAGUUUGUGAGCUUCUUCCCUGACUUCGUGUGGAGCCUGAGAGACAUGACCUUGAAGAUGGAAGUAGAUGGCGUCCAUGUCACAGCAGAUGAGUACCUGGAGAAUUCGCUAAAGCUCAAGAAAGGUACCUGCAAAGAAGUUGAAAAAUACAACUUGCCCCGACUCUGUAUUCGGAAGUUCUUUCCAAAGAAGAAGUGUUUUGCCUUCUACCCACCCACCGAGUGGAAAAAACUCUCCCAGCUGGAGACACUGCAAGAAAAUGAGAUCGAUUCUGAUUUUCUGAAGCAAGUAGCAGAAUUCUGUUUGUACAUCUUUAACCAUUGCAAAGCCAAAACUCUUCCAGGAGGCAUCCCUGUCAAUGGCCCACGACUAGAAAGUCUAGUGAUGACCUAUGUUGAAGCCAUCAGCACUGGAAAAGUGCCCUGCAUGGAGAAUGCAGUCCUGUCAUUGGCAAAAAUAGAGAACGCAGCUGCAGUGCAAAAGGCCAUUACCCACUAUGACCAGCAGAUGAGCCUGAGGGUGCAGCUGCCCACAGAUACUCUCCAGGAACUACUGGAUCAGCACAGGACCUGUGAGAGAGAGGCCAUAGAAAUCUUCCUCAGCACUUCAUUUAAAGACGAAGACCAUUCAUUCCAAAAGGAAUUGGGAUCUCAGCUACAAGAAAAAUGGGACAACUUUUGUAAAUGCAAUCUGGAAGAAUCAUCAGCCCGUUGCCGGGAAUUGCUUCAGGAUAUCUUCAGACCUCUUGAAGAAGAUGUGAGUCAAGGCAUGUAUUCUAAGCCAGGAGGUUACUGCCUCUUUGUUCAGGAGACAGAAAGGCUGAAGAAAAAGUACCAUGGAGAACCAAAGAAGGGCAUACAGGCUGAAGAGAUUCUACAGACAUACAUACAAUCCAAGGAGGCUGUUUCUAAUGCAAUUUUACAGACAGAUCAGAGUCUGACCGAAAAGGAAAAGGUGAUUGAAGUGGAGCGUAAGAAAACUGAAUCUGCAAUGGCUGCUGCAAAACUAUUGGAGGAAACACAGAAGAAGACUGAGAAGCUGAUGGAACAGAAAGAAAGGAGUUAUCAGGAGCACAUGAGACAGCUGACUCAGAAAAUGGAGAAUGACAGAAUCCAGCUAAAGGCAGAGCAAGAGCGGACAUUAGCUCUUAAACUUCAGGAGCAGAAACAGCUACUCCAAGAGGGGUUCCGAGAAGAGAGCAGAAAGCUUCAAGAAGAGAUGAAGAACGUGGAGAAGAGAAACAAAGAAACAAUGGAAUCUGCACAAGCUCAAUCCACAGAGUCAGUGAAAAUGUUCAAGGAAAUGAAUGAGAUGCAUCUGGAGCUUAUGGUGCAGAAAGAACAAGCUUUUCAGGAUUAUGUGAAACAAUUGACUGAGAAGAUGGAUGCGGAUACAGCAAGGCUAAUGGCAGAGCAAGAAGAGAUCUUGGCUGAUAAGCUUCAGGAACAAGAAGAAAUUUUUAAUGAAAAACUCAGGGAACAGAACGAAAGUCAUAAGAAAGAAAUAAGUAAUAUCAAGAUGAAAAUAGAUAAGUCUGGUUGUUCCGUGAUGUGA